AAUUUAUAUUCAGUACAUUUGUACCAUUUAACUUUCGCUCUAUAUUUGAUUUUGUUAUUCUGCAAAUAUACCGGUAUUAUAUGUAUAUUCGUGGUCUCUGAACACUUCAUUUCGCAUAUCGUUUAAAACAGUGGUGCAUAACCGUGUAACCGAGUGUCACAUAUUAUCGCGACUACCCACUUUAAUGUCAACUCCUCAGAAACGGAUUCAAGUUACCGCGGGGCACAUCAAUACUAUUGAUUUAAAUAAAACGCUCACAAUGGCUGACACAGUCCCUCCUCUGACCACACAUGUCCUGGACACAUCCAACGGCUUGCCUGCAGCUAAUGUGGCCAUGGUUCUCUACAUUCAGAAUGCUCAGAAUGCAUUUGACCUUGUGGAGAAAGGAAAAACUAACAAUGAUGGUAGAGGUGGGUUUCUAAGGGGAAGUAAGUGGCAGCCUGGUGUUUAUAAACUGCACUUCGAUACAGAUGGCUACUUUAGGAAUCAAAACACUUCAGGAUUUUACCCAUAUGUUGAGGUUGUGUUUCGAAUUGUGGACCCUUCCCAACACUAUCACGUUCCUCUGUUGUUGAGUCCCUUUGGCUACAGCACUUACAGGGGGAGUUGAUUCCUGUAACCCACCACUGUUGUCUAUCCUGGAACAGCCCUGGGACGUUUCCGUUAAGAUCUUAGUAAUAACUUAUAAUAUUCAUAAAUGAUGUGCCUCUCUCACUUAUAAUGUAUUUCGGUGAUAAUGAUAUGGUCGCUUAACGGAAAGUAAUAAUUCUGCUUUUUUUGUUUUGUUAUUAAACAGAGAUCUGUAGUUCAGAAAUGUAAGUCUUGUCCAUUUAAAAAUGCCAAAUCAUGCGAUGACAGACUUUAAUAAAACAACGAAAUCUGUGAGCAAGUCCCGUAAAUGAUAGUCUUACAUAGGAUUUAGUAUAUAUCAUAUGUUGUAUAUGUUAUAAAGAAGCGUUAUAUAUAAGCAGACGUCAUGGCACAGAAGAAAUUUUAAAAAGCAGCAACAAUCAGUUAGGACAGUGUAACAAUAGCCCUUGACUCUCGUUGUUCAUUGAAUAUAAGCAUUAGUAAUUGUUUAUUUGCUGUUUACACUUUGUAAGUAACCAGUGAAUUGCAUUUUGAAACUAUCUGUGAUUUUAGUAUUUUGUACAAUUAUACCAUAUUUGUUAUGUUAAUGGAAUCGUUUUGGAUCAUAUUAAAAGUUAAUCAGGAAACUCA